AUGCGGGUUAACGCGGGCGGGAUGGGGUGGCAUGGGCCAUCCCACCCCGCAGGAGACGUCCUCGCGGAAAAAAAUCCCGCCGCCGUCCAUGAAACCGCCCUUUCGGCCCCGAAAAGAGUAGAAUGGGUCUUUUUAGAUCAACACGCCGUUCACGAACGCAUUCGCCUGGAGUAUUUCUGCGCGUUUGCCGAGACGUUUGUCUGCGCGGCGGCACAGGGCCCGGUGGAGGGCGGUGAAGCUCGCCAAGGGGGGGAUUCUUUCUUUUCCACAAGCGAACCCCAAGGGAAUGAUAAAAUACGGCCUUCUGCGUUGUGGACAACGGCGGGGACCGCCCAAUCCGAAUUCCUUCGAGCGCAAUCCCAAGAAAAGAGCGAACCCCGACGGAUAGCACCCGCCGAAAAGGCGAAAAUUCCAGACCUCCCCGGCGCGCUGGUGGGGCCGAUUCCCUCCGCACUCCGCCCCCUCGUGGCGGUCUGCGAGGGGGAGCUCCGGCGCUGGGGAUGGCGUUUUUGGUACGGCGGCCUCGCAAAAACAAAAAACAAUAAACACAAAACACCGCGGCAGCCCCCCACCGCCGUCCGACAGUGGCCCCGGCUCGCACUGGAAGGCAUCAUCCUCCGUCUCGACUCCAUCGACGAACUUCGUCGGAUGACGGAGGAGAUCCUCGCGGUGGGAUUAACGGGCCCAGACGCAUCGCCGCGCCGAAUAAUCCCGUCGUCGAUUUUGCGAUUUUUCAUCUCACGUUCCUGCCGAGGGGCGAUCAUGUUUGGCGAUCUUUUAUCCCCGGAUGCGGUACGACAACUCGUGCGAGAUUUGUCCUGUGUGCGGGAAUACUACAUUUGCGCUCAUGGCCGGCCUUCCAUCAUCGAACUUCUCCCUUUGUAGGUCAGAAGUAAGGACAUGCAAGCACUUCGAUCAAAUGGUAUCUUGUCGAUUUCCCCGCGUACUCAAAUGAAGAACCUCCCAUCCUUCGAACGAGAUCAGAAUGUGGUCAAAACUGGAAAAUAUGGAAAACUAGGGUAUUUUUCGAUGGGAUGAUACCUCAAUAAACAGAGCUAAUUCGAUUUAUAUGGUUCACUCUCACAGUGUGGGUUUAUGUCUACUUCUUAAGUACUUUGGAUCGGCUAGCGGCCCAUGCCUGGGUUAUUAUGGCUUAUUGUCGGAGUAGUGAAGACCUCUAUUGGGAAUGAUAAAAAGCGAAGCUAUUUGGGACUACAUUUCUCUCUCCUGAUAGCUCCAAUAGAAUUCCCUCUCCCUAUUCUUUUCAGUGAAUAGGGCAUGGGUCGUAUAAAUAUUUAUUAAACUAUUAUUAUCAUUGUUAUCUUAUUAAUUAUGUUUUUUUUUAUUAUUUACAGGAUUACUCCGGUAUUUUUAUCUGCUCAAUGUAACGUAUAGAUUUCGAAAUAACUUGGUUGUGCUUACCACGCUGACAAAUUAUUAUUAUUAUCGUUAUUAUUUCAGGUAACGGCAGCCUAGUUGAAAUCGAUAUUCUCCAUAUAUACCAAACCCUUGCUACGACUACAUCACAAGUUUUGGGGUAUGGUGGUACCUUUUAUUAAGCAAGUAAAUCUCUUUUGUUUUCUUGGAAUUUACAGACAUGGUUUCCUAACGAUGUGUUUUUACUUAACAUACAUACAUUAUAUUACAAUAA